CAGCUAAAAAAAAUAAUAAAGAAGAAGGGAAAAAAAUAUAAUAAAAAAAACAUUUCUCACGUUUAGGACUAUAAUGAUUGUCCGAUAAUCAUUUUUAUUACAAGCCAUGAACAAAACUUUAAUUGACAGUCAAUAAUGAUUUUAUUUUGUAGGGGAACAUCGGAAGUCAAGUGUCUGUCUUGUGGGUACCUUGACGUCACUGCGGUCUUAGAUCAUGUAUGCUCGAUUUGCUGUACGGGACAUCCAGGCCAGAAAACCAUCCAAGAUUUAAUCCAACGUAGUUAAAUAAAACAGACCGGUAGGGGUCUUUUUGUCACAUGAGAAGAUACUUAUGUUAGAGGACAUAUAAAAACACAAUAUUACGAUUAUAGGACUUUAUCCCUGGGUGUAGUACUGACAGUUAUACAACCUAUAAUUACACAAAUAAAAGAACAUCCUCCUAAAAUGAUCGUCUGUGGGCUUUUACUGUAGAUGACGUAUAAAAGGGGGUGUAUGGUGUCAUAUUUUGCUUAUUUGGGAGUUAAAGACAUUAAACAAUUUGUGAAUUGUGGUUAAAUGUCUAAGCAUGCAGGUAAACACGCAGAAGUCGAGAUAAAUAUCAAACGAACCCCUCACAGUGUUAUCACACCAGAAGGACUGGGUCAGCGCGUUUGAUUUCGUAUACCUUUACAUCCCGUAGGCCCGGGCGGGGAAGUGAAAGGUUACAAACAACAAUGGUGGAAGUUUCAUGUCUUUCUGUCAUUUGGAGAGUCUGCAACUUUUUCAUGUCUUUAUUCUUCUCUCUUGCAACAUAUGUACAGGUUGGUUAUGCUGUUCCUGCGGUUCUGUGUGCAUUUAUUGGCUUUAAACCCCAUGUGACAGAGACUUUGUCCUGGAGGCGUGUUGCUCAUCUCCAUUUGAUGGUUUCCAGCGCUCUUGUUGCCAUGUUGGGAUGGAGACUUUAUAAAGAGAGAAUCACAGAGAUCUUCCAACAGGAGGAGGGCAGAGAAUUUUCGGGCCUCAUGUUGACGGUUGUUUGGCUUCUCCUGUGUCGCCACUCUGGAAGGGCUCCAGUCGGGAUGCUCAGAGUCUCAACAGCUGUUGCCAUCACAGUCUUCCCCUUUGUGGCCUGGCUUUACUACUACAUCAAUAAGGAGCUGAGAUCAAACUGGCCUUCACAUUGUAAAACUGCUAUUUAGAUCAACUUCCUGCCUCUUUUUUGGCUGAUUACGUAU